AUGGAGCAGUACGAGGUGGUGGAGCAGAUCGGCCGGGGCGCCUACGGCACCGCCUACCUCGUCCACCACAAGGCCGAGAAGAAGAGGUACGUGAUGAAGAAGAUCCGGCUGACAAAGCAGAACGACAAGUUCCAGCGGACCGCCUACCAGGAGAUGUCCCUCAUGGCCAGCCUCAGCAACCCCUACAUCGUCGAGUACAAGGACGGAUGGGUCGACGAGGGGACCUCCGUCUGCAUCGUCACAAGUUACUGCGAAGGAGGUGACAUGGCGCAGAGGAUCAAGAAGGCAAGAGGCGUCCUCUUCUCGGAAGAGAGGGUGUGCCGGUGGUUCACACAGUUGCUCUUGGCCCUUGACUACCUGCACUGCAACCGCGUGCUCCACCGUGACCUCAAGUGUUCCAAUAUCUUGUUAACCAAGGAUAACAACAUACGACUUGCUGAUUUCGGGUUAGCAAAAUUACUCAUGGAGGAUCUUGCGUCGUCGGUAGUAGGAACCCCAAACUACAUGUGCCCAGAAAUACUCGCGGACAUACCUUAUGGUUACAAAUCUGAUAUAUGGUCGCUUGGUUGCUGUAUGUUCGAGAUUUUAGCACACCGCUCUGCAUUCAAAGCUACAGACAUGGCAACAUUAGUCAACAAAAUAAACAGAUCGUCAAUAUCCCCAAUGCCCCCAAUAUACUCAUCGUCACUGAAGCAGAUAGUUAAGAGUAUGCUGAGGAAAAAUCCAGAACAUAGACCAACUGCUGGGGAGCUAUUGAGACACCCAUAUUUCCAGCCGUAUCUGGCUGAAUCAAUCAACUGCUCUCCAAUCUACCUUCCAGUAAAACCCAACAAGAGUAACCUGGGAGACAAGCAGUCAAGAAAACCAAGUGGCGGCAGAAAGAGAGUCGGCAAAGCCAACGGAUCCAGCGAAGCAUUACAAGCAGCAGCAGAGCAAACAGCGGAAACAAGAGACAGCUCGACAAACUAUUCAGAUCUAUCAACUGUUGGUACCCAGGAUCCCUGCAUUUUGCAAAUGUCAGUGGAUCCUGAAGCCAGAAACAAGGAAGAGCUAACAGCUCAUGUUUUAUCACCUCAACAUGUAGAGGAGAAUUUGGCAGCAACAACUGAUGGACAGAUUGAUGAGACAAUACGUCUUAAAACUAUCAGAACCCGCAGUCCAGUAGAGGCUGCGCCGGUUAACAGUGCAAGUCAAAAGCUUAAUGAGGUACCAGUACCAAAUGAGGAAAUGACGAUUGGAGUGGUGCAAGAGCACAGGAAGGAUGUGAAGACAGAGUCUUGUCAAGGAGUAAAACAAGGCAUGGGUGAUGUAGAUGUUGUGACGGAGGAAUCAUCACCAGUGAGCACGCUGAAAUUGGGAAAUGCAGGCAGCGCACCUGCCGAGUUUGAUCAUCUGAACAUAGUGCAGCAGAGAGCUGAUGCUCUGGAGUCACUUCUUGAGAUCUGUGCAAAGCUCCUGGAGCAGGAGAGGCUUGAUGAGCUCGCAGGUAUUCUUCGACCAUUUGGCGAAGGAGCCGUGUCAUCUAGAGAGACCGCGAUAUGGCUGACAAAAAGUCUCAUGACUCCACCAAAGUUUGGAGGGUCCCCAUGA